UCGGGCUGGUUCCGCCUCUCCUGGCAAGGGCGCCGGAGGAGAGGCGUGGGUGCCUCGCGUCAUGUGACGUCACUGGUCUGCGCCGGAAGACUCCGUUUCUGGAGGCCUUCCUCGGUACCCUAAAAUUCCGAGCUAUGAGCCGCAAGAGGCAGGUCCUGGCGUCGGAGGCCUUUGGAGGACCGAAGCGACGGCGAGCGCGGGGGCCGGUGGGAGCCGACCCUUUGAGGUCGGAGGCAGGGUCCACGCGUGCGGCCGUGGCCGAACUGGUGCAGCUUUUCCCGCGAGGUUUGUUCGAGGACACGCUGCCGCCCAUCGCGCUGAGGAGCCAGGUGUACAGCCUGGUGCCUGACAGGACUGUGGCCGACCUACAGCUGAAGGAGCUUCAGGAGCGGGGCGAGAUCAGAAUCAUCCAGCUGGGCUUUGACUUGGAUGCCCAUGGAAUUGUCUUCACUGAAGAUUACAGGACCAGAGUCCUUAAGGCCUGUGAUGGCCGGCCCUGUGCUGGAGCAGUGCAGAAGUUCCUGACCUCUGUACUUCCAGCCUGUGGAGACCUUAGUUUCCAACAGGACCAGAUGACACAGACCUUUGGCUUCAGGGAUCCAGAGAUCACGCACCUGGUGAACGCCGGAGUCCUCACUGUCCGGGAUGCUGGGAGCUGGUGGCUGGCUGUGCCUGGAGCUGGGAGAUUCGUCAAGUACUUUGUUAAAGGGCGCCAGGCUGUACUUGGCAUGGUCCGGAAGACCAAGUACCGGGAGCUCCUCCUGUCAGAGCUUCUGGGCCGGAGGCCCCCUGCCGCAGUGCGGCUCGGCCUGGCCUACCACGUGCAUGACCUGAUUGGAGCCCAACUGGUGGAUUGUGUCUCCACAACCUCUGGAACCCUCCUGCGCCUGCCAGAUACGUGAGGAUGUACUUGAUGCUCAGUCUUGGACUGGGGCUCCCAGGAGUGCUGUCUUGGUAACUAAGCCAGCAUCACCCUGGGCAGGCCUGGGCACCAGGAUGCGUACUGGGCUCUGGGUACAGGGCCAGAUGGAACUGGUGUGCAAGCUAAUGGUCUGAGGUGGCCCGUGGGCACGACUGCUCUGCCUUCCACAGAUGAGGGCCCAGAAGCUGUGCCAAGAUUGUAGCUGCUGCCUGUUGGGGAAGGUGCCAUCAUUGCUCUGUUUGGGGGCCGGAAGGUGGGACUACGGGGAGACUGGGAGGAACCGGGGUCCUGUCCCUUACAUGUUGGAUUGAAAUUGCCAAAUAAAGCACUUCUGUCUGCA